AUGUGUGUUAAGGCAAAAGAAGGAGAAAUUAGAAGGCAUCUUGUGCUUCUCAAACCUGUCUCCUUGGAGGAUGAGAAAGAUUCUGAGCACACAGCUUCAAGUGUAAUCCGUCGGAUUCUUAGCCUCCUCAAGAACGUACGCCCCGGAUCCGAUCUAACCAAUUUUCAGCUACCACCUCAGCUGAACCAACCAAAAUCGCGACUCCAAUGUUACGCCGAGUUGAUUUACAGCUUCAGCGGUGAUGAUAUGCUAGGGGAAUGCAGCCGCCGCGAUUCUCCCAUUGAACGGCUUAAAUCGGUGGUGACAUGGAACAUCUCCCAUUUCCGUCCGGUACUUAUUGGCCAGUCUGCGUACAAUCCCAUUCUUGGUGAGACUCACCACGUCUCAAACGGUCACAUCAACGUCCUCAUCGAACAAGUAUCACAUCAUCCCGCAGUGUCCGCACUUCAUGCUACUCACGCUAAGGAAAAUAUUGACGUGACGUGGGUUCAACAUUCCAGUCCUAAAUUUCGUGGUGCUUACGUGGAGAUUGAGACGAAGGGCAAAAGAGUAAUGAAGCUUCAAAGUCGAAAAGAGACUUACGAUAUGAACCAACCGAGACUAAUUGUAAGAUUGUUACCGACGCUGGGAGCUCAAUAUACCGGAAAGCUCAAAAUCAAGUGUCCGGAGACCAAUCUCGAAGCUGAAUUAGACUUGAACUCUGAUUCGUUCAGGGAAAGAUUCAGAGGCAACAACAGCAGAUCCAUUAAAGGAAAGAUUUAUGAAUCUUCCUCAAGGGAUAAGCUCUACGACAUCUUUGGCCAUUGGGACAGAACUGUAACGGCGAAAAAUCUGAAGACCGGUGAGGACGAGGAUAUUUACAAUGCCAAAGAGAAUAUCUCAGGACUUAAGCCACCAGUUGUCAAGAAUCUGCAAGAAGUAAUGGAGAGCGAGUCGGCGUUGGUGUGGGGUGAAGUAAGUGAAGGGAUACUGAAGAAAGACUGGGAAAGAGCUGGAAAAGCUAAGAGGCUUGUGGAGGAGAAACAGAGAGAGUCUCUGAAACAAAGAGAGGCUUCUGGUGAGUCUUGGAUUCCCAAACAUUUCUCAGUGGUCAAAGACGGUAAAGACUGGGACUGCUCACCGCUAAAGCCCACGGUUCCUCCGGCUCCACUCGUCAUCACAGAGGCACAAGGAGAAUCAUAA